AUGAGUGCAGCAAGCAACCCAAUUCAACAACUUCAAAAAUAUAUUAUUGAGAAGAAUAUUAAUAGUUAUGAUUAUACUUGUUUUAGGAACGUUGAAUUGAUUAGCGAGAGUUUUACAAAAUUGUAUCGUGCUAUUUUUAAAAAUAAAAUUAGCGUUAUAUUAAAAUCAUUCGAAAAUAAUAAUCUAGCUAUUAAUGAAGUUAUUAAUGAGCUUAAGUUAUAUCAUAGAAUUGAUAUACACCCUAACAUUCUACGAUUCAAUGGUGUUACUAGAAAAGAAGGAGAUUCAAGAAUUAUACCUUAUAUGUUGGUUUUUUUUGAGAACGUCAACGGUGGAACUUUAAGAUCAUAUUUACAUGAAAAUUCACAACAUCUUUCAUGGAAUGAUAUGAUUAAAUUCUCACUGCAAAUUGCAAGUGCUGUUAGAUUUUUACAUGCUAAAGGAAUAGUUAAUCUUGGAUUGUGUUCGGACGAUAUACUUGUAAAUAAUAAAAAUAUAAAACUUGCAGAUUAUGGGCUUUCAAAUAGGUUAAACGGACAAAUUGUUAAAUAUAAGUAUCUCGGAUUUUAUAAAAAAUAUGAUGUAUAUAGUAUUGGCCACCUUCUGCAAGAAAUAUUCAACAACAGUCUAUUUACUGAAAAUAUUGUCGGCCCUAUAGAAAAAUAUAUUAAAAUUUAUAAAGACCGUUUGCAAAAUGAGCCUAAUAGUCGUCCAGAAAUUCAAACCAUUGUUUCUAAUUUAAAAGCGUUGAUUGCUAAGUAUAAUCAAAAUAUAAACAGUCAUGAUUUAGAAAUUAUUCAUACACAUAAUUCCUUUAUAAUACAAGAUUAUUAUUCU